UGUGCUAUCAAACUGUUUCUAUUAUGGCAUCUGAAUUGUGUCAUCACCAAUGGCCAAAUGAUGCAUUUAGAUAACUUAGCUCUGUACAAACCGACCGGGACCUACCCGGCGGCGACAGGUGGCGGGGUCUCGUGGCAUGCAGUAGACGGCGACAGGCGGUGGAUGUUCGACCAGAGGACAUGCACCUCUAUCACAAUUGGCGAAGAAGGCACGGCGGUGUUCUGGGUGGACUUGAUGGACGUCUACGAUAUAUCUAAUGUUAUCGUUUCAGGAGAAUUGGUUAACACAAAUGUUGCUCUGAACAAACCAUCCGCUAUGAUGACGAACUACCAAGGCGAAGCAAAGACAAAGGGAUAUAAGAUAUCUCGGGCAGGUAACGAUGGACAGUCAACAUUCCGGGUGGGAAACAUGCAGAAAAUGAUACCGGAUUUGACGUGUAUACAUUCCUCCAACGCAGGCUCAAUAGAGGAGGAGUACUGGUCGGUCGAUCUUGGCCGAGAGAUGAGAAUUCGACGGAUUGUGGUCCUCAAUGCCGGAGACGGAUUUUUCAAUAUCGGCGGCUACUUGAAGAAAUUCAGAUACCUGAUAACGUCAGAAUUUCACCCAUGGAAUUUGGAAAAAACCGAGUUCUUUGAGUGCUUCCAUCAGAGGACCCCGCUUACUGAGAUGGAGCCUAUUGAGGCGAUUUGCAACUACAAUGCCGUUGGUCGUUACGUGCUUCUUCUCAAAUACAACGCCAUGAGACAAGGCAUAUUGAUAUGUGAAGUGGAGGUCAUGGCUGCUCCUGUUGAAGAAAACCUUGCAUUGAAUAAGAUAUCUCUGAUGAGCGGCGAAGUCGGCAAAAGGGUUAAGACCUCUGGAAAAGCCGUGGACGGUGUACUGAGUACCAAAACGGGAGCUGGGUCAUGUAUUCAGACACCUGGCGUCGACAAAACAGAAUGGUGGAUGGUCGAUCUUGUUGGAGUGUACAAAAUCAGGAAUGUCGUUUUAGUUAAUGUGGGGGAGACUCGUGAGUACACAGGAUAUCUCAGAUAUGCUCUUGUGUACUUUUUAUUCACAUUUUCCUAA